AUUUACAACGGCAGCCUCACCUCAUCUUUAAUCCCUCCCAAGGCGGAGCUAUGAACGCCGGAGGCCACUGACAACUGAUGAGCGUUCAGCUUCCUCCUGCGGCCAUGGCUGGCAAAGGUGGGAAGUUGACCGGCAUCAGGCAGAUCGUGAGGCUGCGGGAGAUCCUUCAGAAAUGGCACUCCGCUGCCCUCCGGCCAAAGGAGGGCCGACGCAAGGCGGCUGGCGUGCCUCCCGCCGUCGACAAGCGGCUGAAGAGCGCGCUGCUGCUUUGUGACUCCGACGAGGAGUGCUGUCGAAGCCCGGAGGCGCCGCCGGACGUGCCCAAGGGGUACUGCCCGGUGUACGUAGGACCGGAGCAGCGGAGGUUCGUGAUCCCCACCACUUACCUCGGCCUCCCGGUGUUCAGGCUGCUGCUCCAGAAGGCCGAGGAGGAGUUCGGCUUCGAUCACAAGGGCGCGCUCACCAUCCCCUGUGAGAUCGAGACGUUCAAGUACAUCCUCCAGUGCAUGGAACGACAUGCCAAGGGCCUCAUCGACGAUGAAGGAAAUCCAACAGGGCUGAAGGAAUGACAUUGCAUUGUUCUUAGUCUGCUACAGCAUUCCAGGAGUUGAUAGAACCACAUCCAAAGUGGAUUAGGAAUCUGAUGAUGCAUUCAGCAUGUCAAGCUUGAGGAGUUGGGGCUAUGUAACAGCUCGUAAAACUUGUCUUCCCUACCUCCUUUCCUAGACCUCAGGGAAGCUGCUGGAAUUCAGCUGAACACAUUCCCUGUUCUCUCAGUCAUGUAAUCUUCAACACACUCAACCAUUGGAAAUGACAAUCUAUUCAUGACA